AUGCUGGCUUCCAAGCAGUACGUACCGCCUAUGGGCGCAUCUGGAUCCCAGACACCGGCAACUGCCUACCACACCGGCUCGCAACGCCCCGCGACGGCAACAAAGGUACAGGAUGGGGUUGGGUUCAGCAGUCCGACGAGGUCGGAAUUCUCCGAGGGGCAGGACGAACUUGCGGCAGUUCGGUCCUGGGAUGAGAAAAGGGUGGUUCAGUGGUUACAGAGCAUCAAGUGUGGCCAGUACGAGUCGAUCUUCAGAGCUAAUAAUUUCAACGGAGAUAACUUGCUUGAUUGUGACCAAAAGAUAUUGCAGGAGAUGGGCAUCAAAAAAGUCGGUGAUCGGGUUCGCAUUUUCGUGGCGAUCAAGCAGCUCCGGAACAAAUCAAUGCCCAACCCGAGACAGAAGAACUUGAACAAACUAGCCGCGCUGGAAGCCGCCGCAUUGUCCCCGGAUCUUUCCCGCGUAUCUAGUGCUCGCCCGACAACUCUGAGCAACCGACGCAUGUCGCAGCUGGUGGAUGAUGGGUUUAAUUAUUUGGGCAAAUCGCCUUCUCAACCCACAUCUCCUGGUGAUUCAUGGCGUAAAGAUGGCUAUCUCACAGCUGGUUCGGGAUCUGGGCGUAACCCAAGCACGCCGAAUGAAGGACCCCGAGGAAGCUCACAUCCGAGGAAUCCUAGUCUUGACGGUCUUACUAUGGGCCCUCUUCCGCUCAAUUCCCCGGUGAUUCGGGUGAUUUAUACUGGCGGCCAGACCAAGGUUCUUGAUAUCCGCCACUGCAAAACACCGGACGAGGUCAUCAUCAACGUUCUUAAGAAAUUGCAGCUGCCUGAGCACCAAUAUCGAAACUACUGCUUCUAUGUCCUGGACGGCUUAGAUGCGGAUCUCUCGAACUGCAGGCGAUUGACGGAGGCGGAACUCAUGGAAAUCUGCGAAGGAGUCAACAAGUCCGAGCGUGGUCGGUUGAUUCUGCGCAAGAUUCACGCCGGGGAACCUGACAUCGAUGAGGUUCGCCGCGCAUCACAACUGGCGGUGGAUGAAAGUCAGGUCACGCACCGGAUGGCCUUGGACAAAUCCACUUCUCGCCAGAAGUCCAAAAUUCAACAGCUGACUGGAGAAUCAUGGCAUACUCUCAACACCAAGCAACCUCUCUCUCCCGUGGGUGCUCGGCAUCGUACAAACUCUACAAAUACUACGAAUGAGACAGAUCUGUCACCUAAUAGCGAGCGCAACAACCCCGUGGCCAAUAAACUGCGAUCGUUCUUCGGACAGAGACCGCCAAGUGAGAUGAUUAUCCAUGAACUUCAAUCGUUCUUCCCCAGUCACGAUAAAGAAGACAUUGCGAAAACGAUGCGGAGAUCUCAACGUCUCAGCCGAGCAGCAAGUCGUCUCAGUGUUGUCAGCAAUUACAGUGUGGCAUCGAGUCUUAAGGAUGCACCUCCCCUUCCCCCCUUACCUCCGAUUCCCCCCAUGCCCAAUAUUGCCGACACAUGGUUCCAGUCGGGUGGAGCGCAGGCCGCCCGUGCAUCACGGCCCAUUUCUACCAGGUUCAACCUCCCCCAGUCUUCCUACCGCGAUUCGAUUGCAUCAAGCUCCCUGCAGCCUCUUCAGGAGGAGUCUCCUAUUGAACCGAACCGCAAAUCCUACGUCUCGUUUGAUAGUGGUUCUGACGAACCCAAUCCAUCGCGCCAGAGCAUUCUGGAUGAGACUGCUAGUGUCAUUGCUACCGACGGACAUUCCUCUAAUGACCGUUCUAGCAUGAUUGUGCCCGACGAAGGGGACGAUGAAGAAGUAGAGGAAGAAGACGAUGAGAACUUGAUGAGUGACUUCCUGGCUGGCAAUAAUUUCGCGCCUAAGAAUUGGAUGAAGGGAUCUCUCAUUGGUGAAGGUUCCUUUGGCAGCGUCUACCUGGCGCUUCAUGCCAUUACUGGAGAGCUUUUGGCCGUUAAGCAAGUCGAAAUCCCAUCCGCUACCAAGGGUACUGAAUUUGACAAACGCAAGAACGGUAUGGUCACUGCUUUGAAGCACGAAAUUGAACUUCUGCAAGGAAUGCACCACCCCAACAUCGUGCAGUAUCUGGGCACCCAGGCCGACGACCAAUAUCUCAAUAUUUUCUUGGAAUAUGUGCCCGGUGGCUCUAUCGCUACAAUGUUGAAGCAGUAUAACACCUUCCAGGAGCCGUUGGUCAAGAACUUCGUCCGACAGAUCCUGGCCGGUCUUUCCUACCUACACAGCCAGGGCAUCAUCCACCGAGACAUCAAGGGAGCCAACAUCCUCGUCGAUAACAAGGGUGGUGUCAAAAUCUCCGAUUUCGGUAUCUCCAAGCGCGUCGAAGCAUCCACCCUCCUCGGCGCUCGUGCCAGCGGCGGCGGCGGCGGCCACAUCCACCGACCAUCCAUGCAAGGCAGUGUCUACUGGAUGGCGCCCGAAGUGGUGCGCCAAACCGCGCACACCAAGAAAGCCGACAUCUGGAGUCUAGGCUGUCUAGUCGUGGAAAUGUUGAGCGGAGCCCACCCCUUCCCCGACUGCAGCCAGCUACAAGCUAUCUUUGCGAUUGGAAGUAACCAGGCUCGUCCGCCUGCUCCGGAACAUGUUAGCGAUGAGGCUAAGGAGUUCCUCGAUAUGACUUUCCAGGUUGACUUUGAGAAGAGGCCUAGUGCUGAUGAGCUGCUUAAGUGCCAGUUCUUGGCUAUGCCUAUGACGUGA